UCUUCGGCCUCGGGAUGCGGCUGAGCACCUGCACCCCGGGCCGCGUGCAAGCCUGGCCACGGAAUACAGAGGCACCGGGACGCCUUUGUUGAUGCUUCUCCUAGCGCCCUCGCUCAUUCUGCUAUUCCCGUCCCCGCUCGUGGGCAUCCGACCCAUUUUAAGGCGCUGCCCCUAAUGCCGCCUUCGUCAAACGCCACUGACCAACCUCUAGCUCACGCCAAUGACCCUCGCUCUAGGCCUGCCAGUGCAGUUGCUUGCACGUGUCUCAAAACCAUCGUGAAUUUUGUGCAUUUUGACAUUCGAAUACAAAGUGAAUGUGUUAUUCAGGUAAUGGCAGCGACCACCUGGAAAGAAGACGAUCUGCUCCUGAGCCUUCGGGCGGGCGGUGGUUAUCCUGGGCAUGCGCAGAGAGCGUCCUUAGCCCUCGACUACGUUUCCCAGAAGGCGCAGGGGUCUGGUCCCGGAAGCUGUCUCCUUAAAAAGCCAUCAGUGACCUUCAGAGAUGUUGCUGUGGACUUCACCAGGGCUGAAUGGGAGCGUCUGGAUUCUACUCAGAGAGAUCUCUACAGAGAUGUGAUGCUUGAGAACUAUAAGAACCUCAUCUCCCUGGGGUUUCCAAUUUCCAAACCAAAAGUGAUCUCCAAGUUAGAAAGAGGAGGUGCACAAUGGAUGCUUGGGAGAAAAGUUCCCAGAAGGCCCUUUCCAGGUCGCCUUUGUCAGAAAAAUAGGGGUAAAAGCAAGGAUUCCACUCCAAAGCACUGUAAUUAUAUGUCAUUAAAGAAAAGACUUAUAGUGAAUAAUAAGGAAUGUGUUGAAGCCUUAAGACAGAAUGGAUACCUUAGUGGACAUCAGAAGAUUCAUACUGGAAAGAAACUCUAUAAAUGUAAUGAAUGUGAAAAAGCCUUCAACUCCAACUCAAGCCUUACUGUACAUCAACGAAUUCAUACUGGGUUAAAACCAUAUAUAUGUACGGAAUGUGGAAAAGCUUUCAGCCAAAAAGGAAACCUUACUAAACAUAAAAGAAAUCAUACUGGGGAGAAAUCCUAUAAAUGUAAUGAAUGUGGAAAAGCUUUCAGAGACAGAGGAUACCUUACUAUUCAUCAGAAAAUUCAUACUGGGGAGAAAUCAUAUAAAUGUAAUGUAUGUGGGAAAGCCUUCAGCCAGAAGGGACACCUUACUGUACAUCAGACGAUGCAUACUGGAGAGAAAUCCUUCAAAUGUGAUGAAUGUGGGAAAGCCUUCAGCCAGAGGGGAAGCUUUAAUAUACAUCAGAAAAUUCAUACUGGAGAGAAAUCCUUCAAAUGUAAUGAAUGUGGGAAAGGUUUCAUUGACAGAGGAAACCUUAAUAAACAUUAUAAAAUUCAUACUGGAGAGAAAUCCUAUAAAUGUAACGAAUGUGGGAAAGCCUUCAGCCAGAGGGGAAGCCUUAAUAAACAUCAUAAAAUUCAUACUGGAGAGAAAUCCUAUAAAUGUAAUGAAUGUGGAAAAGCUUUCAGCCAGAGAAGUUACCUUACAAUACAUCAGAAAAUUCAUAGUGGAGAGAAAUCCUAUAAAUGUAAUGAAUGUGGAAGAGCUUUCAGGCAGAAGGGACACCUUACUGUACAUCAGAGAAUUCAUACUGGAGAAAAACCCUAUAAAUGUAAUGAAUGUGGUAGAGCCUUCAGAAAGACUGGACACCUUGCUGUACAUCAGAGAAUUCAUAUUGGAGAAAAUCCUUUUAGUACAAUGAAUGUCAAAAGACUUCAGCCACAAGAUAUUCUUUAUUUAUCUUGACAGUUCAUGCAAACACUUUCAAAGUAAUGAGCGUGGGAGAGUUUUCACUGACAGUGAAAAAAAUUACUGAAUGCUUAAUCAUAGAAUUAGAGGUUUUGGAGUUGGAAGUGACUUUUGAAAUGUAUUCUAGUAACUUGAUUCUGACACCUGAUGGGGUAAAUGGGCUGGAAGCAAACUGAGCUCCUCCAUGUUACUCAGGUAGUAAGUAGCAGAGACAGGAUUGAAACUGAGAUCUGAGCCAAAUCUAGUUUUCUUUCCAUUGCACCAUGCUGACCUCAGGAUUCAUAUUGGAGAGAAAACCUUUGAAUGCAGAGUACGGGCUUGUCUUCAGCAGCAAUUCAUGCGUAGUCCACAAAGCAUUUCAGAAUUGGAAAUGGCCUCAGUAGCUGUUUAAUAUAACCCAUACUUUAAAAAGAAUCUGACACACACACCCAUGAACUAAUCAUUCAGCUUUUACUUGAAGAUGUUUCAUAAAGGGUAAACCACUCAUUCUCAGGCAGCCCAUUCCUCUUUGGAGUAGUUCAGGGGGGAGAGUACAGAGGCAUCAAAAUGAGAUACUCUGGAAAACAAAAGGCAACGGUUAUAUAUGUAACAUAUGUAAAAUAUUGUUCAUGUGUUUUUUUAAAGCACGGUACUUAGAACUAACACAAUAUUCUAGGUGUAGUCUCAGCACUCCAGAAUUCAGUGGAACUAUCCUUUUUCAUGGAAGCUAUCUGUCUUAUUGCGGCAUACAAUAGCAUUAGAUGUUUUGGUUGUCAUAGCAAAUUGUUGGCCCAUUGGACUUGCAGACCAUUAAAAUCCACAGAUUUCUUAUUUUCUCCAAUACAAAUCCAAUAAUAAACCUGAUCUUAAAUAUA